AUGAUUCAGCCCAUCAUGAUGACUGUGGUUGACAACCAAGUUCUGGGGCUUCCUGUUGACAUUCAGCAUAAAGUGAAGCCCUUGCCAAAAGUCAGCCAGGUACUGUCGCCUGAUCUUGGACCUCCCAGCCUCGUAGGACUUACAGGGAUUUGCAAACCAAAUGAGGAUACUAGCAGGGAGAAAGUAGGGCCUCGGGACCCAGGGAUGAGGAAACUUGCUGUACUGACAUGGGAGCUGACCUUCGCCCUGUGGGCUGGGACCUCCGCCACGCAGCUGCACAAGCUUCAGCCUGAAACUCUCCCCGACACUGCCCUAAGCAGACCACUUGUGAGGGAGGGAGCAUGGAAUGAAAAGCCCACAGGGAGCAAGAAGCCACAUGAUCCAGUGCUCUGAAGCCAUUCUAGAUGGUUUCAGGGGGACUAGCUUCCCACCUCUGACAGUGACACCAUGGCAAGUACCACAAUUUGCCUAGGAUUAUAAUUCUUUGUGCACAAUGCAUCCCAUUCAAAGGCAGUCCACAGCACGGUGUGUUCCCUCUCUGAACUGGUCUCACCCCCUUAAAUGUGUAUUCA